AGAAAGGACAGAAGGUGUCAACAUUCUAUUCAAAGAUUGAACAGAGAUUUUUAUCUCGUUCCUGAAACUUGAUGCUAAAGCCUAUUCAAAGAUAUGCUUUGCAUGACGCAGAGCAAACGUCUGUAACUGGCACAUGCGAACUAUCCCGCUCCACUGACGAUAGACGAGACUCCCCUGCAGCAUUAUUCUGCACCGCUGCUUCUGCUCUCAGAUUAAUUGAUAUGACUGGAACAUGGGUGGAGCUUUCUGUCACAGAAGAUCAUCCAUGUGCAGGAGGUAGAUAAUCAAAGAUGAUCAGGGAGGUAUAUCUGUCAGGGUGACUACAGCAAUUGUCCUAACUGUCAUGACAAUGCCCUUAAGAUCAGAAUUCUGUUCAGGAAAAGGUUGGCAUGGGGAAAUACGACACAAAACUCCUUUACCACAGUUAUAAAAGCUUGUUGUGCCUGGGGCUCUUCUGGAGCCCAUGCAUAAAUGUACAGGUCUGUUUGGUCAUGGGAGCUUAUUAUUAAGCAACUAUUUUUUUUUGACAACCAAACUCUGACAAAAGAAAAGUUACCUUAAAGAAAAGCGUAUUUCCCUGUCAGCUCAGAUUACUGAAAGAGUUUAAACUGAACUUAGUGUAAAGAGAGCCCCCACCAUAAAACAGGAACAAAGCUGUAAGUUUGACAAACUUGCUGUAGUAUUUAAGAGAAUGUUUAGAUUUAUCCAUUUUCCACAUGUUAAUCUGAUUCCUUGAAAAAGGUUUUAAAGGUUUUAUCAAAACCAAUAUAUUCAGAUACAUUUAUUUGCAAUUUUCUGUUUUUUAAUUUUGUAUCCAAAAAAAAUGUUAUCAACACUGGAGUAGCAAGAGUCUGAUUGUCAAAACGAGUCAUCAAUCACCCAGACGUUUUUAGCAUGUUUCCUCAACAGGAAAAAAAAACUAGAAAAGUGACUACUAAGCUAAUUUGAAUAAAUGAAACUACACAUUGUUCUUCCACCUUUUAGCGACGCCCAACACAUUCUUCUGUUCCUUCAUGCUGCAAAAAGCUCUCCUUCCUUUAAAGAAGCAAAGUGCUGCUCGGCUGGAAACAUGAAGAAUAACUUCUACAGAAUCUAUUGAUAGAGACCCGCUGGGAUGGGGAUGUCAUCAAAUCACUUAAACUUGGAUCAACUUGAACCUGAAACUCCUCCGAACCAAGAACAGGAGAAAAAGGCUAAAAAUCGACGUCAGCAGCAGAUAAUCAUCAGGAUGCCUGUCUUAAAGUUACACAGAAUAGAUCUGUCACAGCCACAAACACAUGAAGGAGAGGUUCAAGACGGUCAACACUUCUUCAAUCAGAGGAGUAAUUUCACUCUAAAUCAGAAGAAACCAGAACUGGAGAAAAGUAAAAAACUGAGGGAGAAAGGUGAUGACCGGUUUCCAAAACCAAACAGUGAGCAGCUCCUCUUAGAAGCUUCCACUUUAGCUGAGAGCCAAGUCCUGAAAGAAAACCAUUGCAUCUUAUCUGAGUCGGUUGGAAACUUUAAACUGAAAAUGGACGGGACACAUUGCAGAGAAAGAAAUCUAAACAAUGAUCUGAACAGCAACGUGGAUGGGAAGUCUUUGACAUGUAACGUUUGUGGAAAAGCAUUUAAGUACAAUUCCCAUCUCAAACGUCAUCAGAUGAUCCACUCGGACGAGAGGCCUUACAGUUGUGAAAGCUGUGGAAAAGGGUUCAGACAAAACAGUGAUUUGACCGUUCACAUGAGGACUCACACCGGCGAGACGCCACAUUUCUGUAAGGUUUGUGGGAAAGGCUUCUCCGUUAAUAGUGUUCUAAAGGUUCACAUGAGAACCCACACCGGUGAGCGUCCGUAUUGUUGUGAGACCUGUGGCAAGAGUUUCACCAGCAGCAGCAGUCUGACCGUCCACAGGAGAUGUCACACAGGUGAGAGGCCCUAUACCUGCACUAUCUGUGCGAAGGCUUUCAGUUGCAGCAAAGCUUUGACGAUUCAUAUGAGGAGUCACAUGGGCCACAGCCUGUAUAUCUGUGAGACAUGCAGUCAGUGUUUCAGCUGUAAUCAAAGCCUGAAAACCCACAUGAGGAUUCACACAGGCGAGAGGCCAUUUACUUGCACCAUCUGUAGAAAAAGCUUCAGGCAUAAGGGAAGCCUGUCUUUUCACAUGAAAGUUCACUCUGGGAAAAAGUCAUUUUCCUGUAAAAAGUGCGGAAAAGGAUUUAUCAUUGAAAGUAGGCUGACCGACCACAUGAGAAUCCACACAGGCGAAAAGCCGUUUUCGUGUCAAACCUGUAACAAGAGUUUCAGUUGUAAGCAAAGUUUGACUGCUCACACAAAAGUGCACUCAAGUGAACGGCCGUAUUCCUGCGGAACAUGUGGGAAAAGGUUUCGUCAACGUGGCAGUUUGACGUUUCACCUCAGAGCUCACUCCGGCCAUAAGAAUUUUUCUUGUGAAGUCUGUGGAAAACACUUCAUUGCAAACCGUGCUCUGACGAUCCACAUGAGAACCCACACCGGAGAGCGUCCAUUUUCCUGCACGAUAUGCGGCAAAAGUUUCUCUUUGAAAUGCAUUUUAAGGGAUCACAUGACAACCCACUCAGGUGAGAGGCCCUUUUCCUGUAAAACAUGUGGCAAAAGUUUUAGUUUAAAGCGCAUUCUGCAGGUCCACACAAAAACCCACACGGGUGAAAAGCCCUACUUUUGUGAAACUUGCGGAAAAAGGUUCAGCACAAAGCAGAGCAUUGAUGUUCACUGGCGGAUUCACAGCGGCGAAAGGCCAUUUUCCUGUCAAACAUGUGGUAAAAGCUUCACCAAUCAGUCUAGUUUGACCAUUCACAUGAGGAUGCACACGGACAGCCGGCCAUACCGCUGCACAACCUGUGGAAAGAGUUUCGAUAAAACCUAUGCCCUGACUGUCCACAAGAGAAGCCACACGGGUGAAAAGCCCUUUCAUUGCAACUUGUGUGGAAAGGCUUUCACUCGCAGCAGCGGUGUGGUUGACCACAUGAGAGUCCACACAGGAAGCAGACCCUUCGUCUGCGGCACAUGCGGUAAAAGCUUCAAAAGUAGCAGUAAUUUAUUCAGCCACAUGAACACCCACACAGCUGACAGGCGCCACUCCUGUCCAACAUGUCAGAAGAGUUUCUCCACCAAAUACCUGCUGACCGUCCACAUGAGAAGCCACACAGGUGAAAACCCCUACGUUUGUAAGACCUGCGGGAAAAGCUUAAGUUGUGGUAGUAGUUUGAACACACACAUGAGAAUCCACACGGAUAACAAGCUGUUUGUUUGUGGAAGAUGUGGAGAAAAGUUCAGAACAAAGAGUCAUUUGAACAGCCACAUGAAGACACACUCAGACUAGAGCCUGGAGUCCUGGAAGACCUUUUGAGGUUCUCUGAGCAAAGUCAUGCACUAGAAUUCUAUAUUCUAGUUAGAGUCAAACUGGACACAUUUAGUUCGUCAAAAGUAAACCAGAAUUCGUUUCUAACGAUAAUCCAGAACAAAUUUUCAGUCUGAAUACAUGCAAGCGGACUCUGGUCCAGGACCACAAACUGCUCUCUCACCUGUCUAUCGAGGUUAUCUCAGUUCGUUUCCAAUCAGACUGAACUUCGGUUGGUGCUGAAAUACCUAAGUCUGAAUACGCAUUCUCGGAGCAGAACAGCUGGAUCAAAAUGACAACCGAAGCCGAAGUCAUUAGCGGACAAACGUGGAGCAACAAUUCAACAACUUGUUGAAAUGAGGUCAGGUGAAUGCCGGCUCAUUAAAACAACUUUUAACAUGAUGCACAUUGGUUCUCACACUGUUUUACUGAAAAUCUAUAUGUCAUAAAAUCACAGAACCUUCUUAGCCACUGUCUCUUCACUAAACGCCUUGUAUUAUUCCUCUGCAGUACCAAAGUAGCAGUAAAAAGUGUUGUAUUGGACUUUGAUACAGAUGUUCAAAAUUGGUCUGCAUAAUAUAAAGUUUGAAUAGAGAACUUUCUUGACAAGGAUCGCAAAGAGUAGGACUUGCAUAAUUUCCAUCUCUCGCCGCUUUGCCCUGCACUCAUAACUCCUGGCCAAUGACUGAAGAGAUCAUUAGUCAUGUGGUUUUGUUUACAAGCUUUGGUUCAAAACAGAAAUCUCUUGUGGUAAGAAGGAACCGAAACUUAACACAGGCUAAUACACAAGCUCUCUGAAUACAGACCAAAUGCGAAAUUCAAGACCUAAUCUGGACUAAAUUAAGCAGACUUGGUCCGGACCAACAAACCUUUCCGGUCUGAAUACAUCCUCUGAUUGGAUCAUAGACCUUCCUGUGUAAUCAGGGGCCUGUUUUAAGAAGCAGGUUUUGUUGAAACUCUGAGUUUGUAAACCCAGAGUUGAGGAAAACUCUAAGUUUCUGGUUUCAGAAAUGGAGGUAACUAAACCCGUGAAAGUGGGUUAAACCAAACCCGUUUCAGGAGCGGGUUAAGCUGAACUCAGAAUCAAUCUCUAUGGUAACUGAGUCUGUGAACGUAACCUGGUCUGGAGCAGAUUUUCUUCAAGAAACUUGGAGUUCUCUGCGGUCUCUUAAAGUGAAUGAUGUUCAAAUAGAACUUCCUCAUUUGAAUUUUGAGAAAAUUCACAUUAGAGAAUGCACAUUAAUGCCAUGCUGAAACCAAAACGGCAUGUCCAUUCAUAUAGGAUCCUGCAGACAAGGAGGCUGGAUUCAUCCGGACGGAAUGUCAUUUAUGUCAGGAGAGGAUUUUGAGGCUACGAGUUGAUUGUCUUGCUUUUCUCAAUUCAUUAUUUAUAGCUUACAGUGUCACUUUUUUUACUUAUUUACGUACACUUACAAAUGGCUUUAAUAUUUUUUUACUGCUUUAUUUUUUUAAUUUAUGUUUGUGGUUCUGUUAUACCGUCCCUACAUUUUUUGUUACAUUUUUUAUUUUCUUAUUUUGCACUAGUUACCAUUUUCUUCUUAUUAUAAUGGUGUUGUGCCAUCAUUGAAAUACAGCUUCACUGAUGUAUUUUUAGCACAGAUUGCUGUAAUUAGCAUAAUAAACAUUUAUAUUUGCCAAAAGUCUGGAUCCUGUGUUUUAUUGUACUAUUAUUUAAU